AUGCUUCUCCUCUCGUGGCAGCUCCGCGUCUUUCUUGGCGCCACGAGCCUCGUGCUGCUCUACGAUCUCGUCGUCUUGAUCGCGCUCGGGUCCUCGUACAUGCUACCGUUCCUUCCGGGCGCCGUGUCGCUCUCGUGUGCUGGCGCCAGCCUCGUCGUUGGUAUCCUCUCUCUAGUGUACGUCGUUCGCGCGUCCAAGCUGGCGACGCUGACACCGCUCGCGUGGCUGAGCUUGCUCCACGUCGCGCUCCUCACGGCCAUCGCUGUCACUGCCUUUAUGUGCGCGCAUGAUCCAGAUCUCGUCACGGAGCUUACGCUAGAAGACCAGAGCUUCUUGUGGAGAGUCGGCCUCCGCGGCGCGUACUACCCAACAACAGACACCUUUGACUGGACCCCGCCUUCGGAUGUCAACUGCUCAUCAAUGGACGGCAAGAACGUAACACUCAAGCAGCGCUUUGACGAAGCGUACUGCGCCAAGCGCGGCCACGUCUACUGCGACAGCUUCCCGAUGCGCGCCCGCUACCCGUCGAAUUGCGAGCGCGGCGAAAAACACAACGUUUUUGACGUCCCGAUGACCAACUCGUCGACGCUGACCAACUUUUGCGACCAAGUGACGCCAAGUGUCUUGACGGCCGAGCCGACGUUGAGCGCGCUCUGCGACGGCUGCCAACGGAUGCACGAGACGUCGGCAUUUAGCGACUGGAUCGACGACAACUGCGUUCGCAAUGCGCGGGUCGAUGGUUUGUCGACCUUUUGCAUUUUUUACCGCAGCCCGAAGAUCUACCCGGAGCUAAGCCCCGCGUGCCGCUAUGCCAUGAUGAAGCCGAGAUACGACACGUCGUUCGCGGACGUAUGCUACCACACGACGUUUCCCGCCAAGAUCCAACGCGAUGCAAAGGCACUCGCAGCGUCGGCGGUCGCGCUGGGGGCGAUGAGCCUCGUCGUUGCCUUUUUCUCGGGCCUCGAGAUGCUCAUGCACCUCGCGUGCACCAACAUGAGCCGCGGCAGCAUCAAGAACGCGCUUGACGCGGCGAAAGACGCAGGCAUUCAAAACAUCCUCGCGCGGCAAGACGACCUUUGA